AUGGACGCAAGGAACCGCUCUGGCCCCGCCUCCUCCUCCUUCCAGGUGUGCCUCCCCUCCUUGUUCUCACGGCAACCGCCCCGUGUUCUGAUCGUGGACGCGUCACCGCCCUGGUGGUCAGAGACUGGUACUACGCUGUGUGAGGCUUUGGAUAACUUCCUGACUCUGGCCUGUAGUCUGGACGGACCCUGUAGACUGCCCCUGCUUAGCCUUUACGCUCUGAGUAGACAGCAUGAAUGUCUGCUGCCAUUCGUGCAGGUGAGGGGUAACCUGGCCCGACUGCGUUCCUGUGUGGAGGAGCUGAGGUCCAUACCCGGAGAGGGGUGCGUCCGCGCACCUAGAGGGGAACUGCUCAAACAGGCUGUUUUGGACAGCCUGCAGCAGUUUAAACAGUACACGCGACAUACUACCACUCCGAACCAGGCCAACAACAAUGGAUCUGUAGAGGUAACCGUGGUGACGAGCCAGCCAGGGCGUGGCGUGGUGAGGCAGUUGGAGGCGGGCUUAAAGGACACUGACUUGGUGUCUCUACGACGCCUACUAGUGGUCCACAUCAGUACUGCAGGGAGAGGGGAGACUGACUGCUGGGGGCAGGACACACCCUCACCUGAGACUGCAGAGGAGACUGAAGCCAGUUUGAUGUUAGGUACAGAGAUCGACCUGCAGCAUGUAGAGAACAGUGUGAUUGCCAUGGAGAUGGUGUUGAAGGCGUGGCUUCAUGACCAGGGCGGGAAGAAGGAACAACUCCACCUGUUGUUACCACCUGGACUACAGGGAGAGAUUACUACACCUAGUCAUGGACAGAGAGCUAGUCCAGUGUGUGUGAAGUGUGACAUGCAGGAGCGUCUCCUAAGCCCCGCCCUCUUACCUCUGACUCCUGACCUUGGGGUCAAGACGGAGAGCACCAAGGACUUCCUGGUGUCAGGCAAGGGCUUGGCCAAUCAGAGCCCUCCGCCUCAGAGACUCAGAGUAAUCAAGACACUGCGUGCAGACGGCGUGUGUGAGAGUGUGUUGUACGGCCUGCCCCUCAUCAUCAGGCCUACCACCUGUUGGCAAAUGGACUGGGAUGAGAUGGAGAGAAACCAUCACCUCUUCCAUGCUCUCUGUCACACACUCCGGGCUCGUGACUGGUUCCUACUGGUGCGUUCAGAGCCUAUUGGUUCCAGUUCUAUUGGGUCUGGUGUGUGUUGCCACUACCUCCUUCAGCCCUCUGCCGCUCUCUCCCUCCUCCUCAAACCUGUGGCAAACAGAGAGCUGCUGCUGCCCUGCCAACUGCCUGUCUCAAAUCAGGACCCCCCACCUGAUGCACUCACCACCAUACAGAGUUGUGUGGGUCAGCUAGAAGAAGAGUCUCUCUUCAACCCUCUCUCUCUGAGGAGUAACCUCUACCAGCACCUAAGGAGCAGGGGCCUACUGUCACCACCCUCAUAUCCAUACAGGUACCUGCUGUCACCACCCUCAUAUCCAUACAGGUACCUGCUGUCACAUAUCCAUACAUACCUGCUGUCCAUAUCCAUACAGGUGACUGCUGUCACCACCCUCAUAUCCAUACAGGUACCUACUGUCACCACCCUCAUAUCCAUACAGGUACCUACUGUCACCACCCUCAUAUCCAUACAGGUACCUGCUGUCACCACCCUCAUAUCCAUACAGCAGCAGCAGGGUCGUCAGUUCCAGGGGGGUAACAGGAGAGUCAGGGCCACCGUGGCGCCCCUCCCCUCGGCCCCUCCUCCCUCUAAGAUGUCUCGCCCAACCCUCACCAUGACCCCAGACCCCCGGGCCACCGCCACACCCCUCUGUUCCCACGACGACGAUUUGCUGAUGAUGCUGUGA